AUGUUCACCAACCUUUGGCACUUCUUGGGAAAGAAUCAGGACCUCCCCUCCUGUCCCGUCUGCCCUUCCCCGCUGUCCUGUCCUCCCUCCCCUCUGUCCCAUCUGCCCUCCCCUCCUGUCCCGACUGCCCUCCCCUCAGUCCCGUCUGCCCUCCCCUCUGUCCCGUCUGCCCUCCCCUCUGUCCCGUCUGCCCACCCCUCUGUCCUGCCCUCUUGUAUCAGUCAUUUACUCAGCUCUAGUCCUGACGAAGCCGAGGAUCAACAUCUGGAGAUGAGCCCAGUGCAGUACUACAGCAAUCCCUCCUCCUUACAUACGCCCGAGUGGCAUCAGGACGGGUCAAAUUAG